UUGUGUUGAGCCCUCAGCCCCUCCUGCAGCGGAGCAGCGUGUGUUCCUCCAGGGUGACGGAGACAGCUGGUCCUACCCUGGUGCAGCAGAGUGAGCGGAGCGGGGACGACGCACCGCCUCCGCCCGCAGCCACGGACGGACAAGGGCCGGGGAUGGCGUCGCUCGGCGUGGGGCUGCACCUCAUCCGCAAGCGGGGAGCGGGCAGGAGCGCCGCGGUGGAGCGGAGGAACCUGCUCACGGUGUGCAGGUUUUCAGUGAAGACUCUUCUGGACCGUUCCUGUUUUGAGACAAUAGACGACACGUCUCCAGAGUUCAUCAACUUUGUUUCCAUCCUGGAGCACAUCCUCAGUCAUCGACUCAAAGGUCAGACAACUUGGUUUGGUUAUGAGAGUCCUCGGAGUUUCUGGGAUUACAUAAAAGCUGCCUGCAGUAAAGUCCCUCAUAAUUGCAUCCGAAGCAUCGAGAGCAUGGAGAAUGUGCGAUCGUCGAGAGCUAAAGGCAGGGCGUGGAUCAGAGUGGUCCUGAUGGAGAAAAGAUUAUCAGAAUACAUCUCAUCUGCACUGAGGGACUUCAAAACCACCAGGAGGUUUUAUGAGGACGGAGCGAUCAUACUGGGAGAGGAGGCGGGGCUGUUAGCAGACACGCUCAUCGGACUCAACACCAUUGACUUCAGCUUCUGUCUGAAAGGAGAGGGUCUGGACGGGAGCUGCCCCGCCGUGAUCGACUACACGCCUUACCUGAAGUUCACUCAGAAUGCAGACAGCAUCAGCAGCGACGAGGAGGAGAUGAGGACUCUGGGGAGCAGCGGCAGUGAGAGCAGCACCCCCGACAAAACGGCUACCGCUGCCUCCAUCUUCACCGAGCAGAGCAACUUGGUCAGCAAGUGCAAACGCUUUGAGCAGAAGUACCGGAUGGCACUGGAGCAGAAGGGCUACCUAGAGGAGCUGGUCCGUCUCCGAGAGGCCCAGCUGACAGAGGCCAUGUCUCAUAACAAAGCUCUUCAGCAGAGCCUAGCAGACACACACGUCUCCCACACACUGGAGAAAGAGCAGCUCGAGUACAUCGUACUGGAACUACAGGACCAACUCACGGUGCUGAAAAACAAUGAUUUGCGGUCCAGACAAGAGCUUACUGCCCAUCUGACCAAUCAGUGGCCAUCUCCUGUCGUCUUGGAUGCCAACGCCGUUGCCUUGGACACGCUGCUGUACAGGAAGAGCACGGGACAGUGGGAGGAGAAGAGUUUCCAGAGCCUGGAGCAGCUGUCUGCAGACAUGAGUCUCUCCCAGACCUCACUUGAACCGGCACACACAAUGAGUCUGGAGGGCAGGCCGACCGGCACACACUGGCCCCACCAAGGUAAAGAGGAAACUCCAUCUCUAAAGGGUCUGUGUGGCUCCCUGACCUCAGUCGCAAGCUACAAGUCUCUGGCCAGCCUGAAGUCCAGCGAGUGUUUGGCCAGUCCUGCAACAGAGAUCAGCAGCCCGGGCUUCACUCCUUCAUAAGGAACAUAGAGCUAAAAAAACACAUCACAACCAGGGCCAGACAAUCCAGGAACUUUCUUAAUGUAGGUGUUUCUGAGCCUGUUUACACCUGGUAUUGAUGUGCUUCUUGGGUGAUACCAUCACAAGUGGACAGCGCUAAGUACAAGUGUAAACAGCCACCAAGACGCACUGUGAUACGAUAACUCCAACCACUUGUAGAGGUGGUCGUGGUGAGACUCACAAAAUUCAAGAUUCUCUCUUUCACUGAAUUGAGACUAACGUUAAGCUUACUUGCCUUGUGACCUCGUCGUAAAACACACUUCAUUCAAACUCAACAGAAACGAAAUAAAACUCACCAAAACCGUCUGACUUAGAUUACUUGCUUUUGGUUUACUUAGUUAGUCCACUGUUCCAAUAAUCAUCGACUCUGGUUCGGUCAAAAUAAACCCUUAAUUCACAGAGUUAGAUGUAAAAAAUAAGCUAUUUUUCCACUGGUCUCUUUCUGCCAUGCAGGCUGGCUGUUUGCAGUCCUGUAACGUUAUCCCCACUCCUCGAAGUCACCAUGUAUGUCAUCUCAGCUCCCUGUUGCACCAGUAGAGACUGACACUAGGUGGUGCAUGAUGUGCGGCACAUAUAUCCUCAACACAGCCUCUCCAUGUGAUUUCAAAAGAAAGAUGAGUGUCUAUUUUUGACAGUAUUGUCUCGGAGUACAGCUGCUGCUCCUUCAUGUCGAAAGGGGUCAAUUGAGGUGGUUAGGGCAUCUGAUCAGGAUGCCUCCUGGGCGCC